AUGUCCAAAGAGCAGUCCUUUGCGCCAAGUCCUUCGGUGCUGGGGGAAUCCUGGGUCGUUGCAUCGACCAGCUCAAUCAAAGAACCAGGUUCUCCGCCACUAGAGAAAGACCCGGCGAGUCCAACUCCACUGCCAAAGCAACUAAGACAGAAAGAGCGUGCAAAAGCCACAACAAACAAUACCAGAGCUCCAACUACGACCGAAGCCGCUCAGCUUUCAGAGUCACUCACAUCCUCCACCUCAUCAUGGAGUUUUUCUGGCCCCGAACUCGUCAUGCCGUCUAUCUACGAGGUCCCUAUCUCGGAAAAAUCCUGGGUCGCGCCGCAUCUGCGGCCCGCAGCCCAAUCCGCGCAUAUGAGAAAGCGGCGCAAAACAACUCCACCGGAGGACAAAGUGCAGCAGCAGAUUGAAAAUACGGCAGUUAUGAGUCUCGAAGCUGGCGCUCCAGCCCUUGGCAAUCAUGGAAGCUGGUAUCAGAGUAUCGCCGCAAAGCUCGCCGGCCUCUGUCACGGCCAGCAAGCCCUGCUCCGCAUCACGAUCAACAGCGUGCUCGUGAUUCUCAUUCUCCAUCUCCUCGUCCUCCCCGAGAUCAUCUAUCAAGCCCAAGAGCUCUUCUGCACGAGCCCAAUUGUCAAGACCAUCUACCCCCACAGCUGCGUGCGCCUCGAGCCCAGGUCCCUUCCCCGAAACCCCUUCAAAUCCACCUCUAUUUCUCCCCUCUCCCCAGAAGAGACCAUUUUCUCAGCUCAGCAAAACCUCCAAUUCAUCUUUAACAGUACCCUCAUCACCCUCAUCCCGCUCUCUGACAUCCUCAAAGACAGCGAGACCCUCCUCGCCAAGCUCCAGUCCCAACUCCAGAUCACCCUCCCAGACGCCCACAACGCGCUCGACCUCGAGUUCCAGGGCAGCGACGCCGCCCUGCGCGCUGCAGUUUGGGAAUUUGAUUCGCUCCGCGCCGACCUACGGUCCGCCAUCGACAGCCUCUUGGCGUCCCCUGCAUCCGUCAUCACUGCUAGCCCUUCAUCCACCUCCAUCGCCCGCGACACCCGGCUCGCGGCGCAGCUCCGCCGCCGCGCUGAGUACCUCGACCGGCUGCGUGCGCAGAUCCGGUCCAAGGCCGAGUCACUGGGCGCACGCUUCGCCACGCUGGACGACCACCUGGAAGCAGUGGACGGGAUCACGAAGCGUGAGGAAUGGCGCGCGGCACUGCUGUACGGGGGCGAGCGCACCGUCGCGCCAGAGGGCAGCGGCCAAGCUGCGUGGCAAGCGAUGCUGAGCUCACUAUCGGGAUAUGCACCGUUCGGGGAGCGGUUCUUCGGCACCGGAAAGGUAGGGUCGUCGGAUGAGCCUGAGCAGAGUCAGGUAGUUGACCGGGACGAUGACCCCUGGCCGGUAAACACGAUGGCACUGCUGAGACUGGCGGCGACAUAUCACCGUCCUGUGGCAGACGAGGUCGCCCAGCUAGCACACGGUCUGCGGGAUAUGCCGCCUGCUUGA